AACCCUACGGUUUCAAUUUACCCUCAGGUUUAUCCGUUUGUAACCAGUGCCCCUCUGAUAAAAACUGAGUCAAAACAUGUGAUUAUUCAUUGAGCUUCCAAUUUACCUGUUAACCAUGUACCCACACUAACCCAAUUUAAUCUCCCUCAAACGCCCACACAAUAACUAUAAGCUCUCUUUGUCGUGCCAAGGCUUGCCCCACCGAAAUAGCCAAACCCUCCUGCAUUCACCAAGCCUUUGCAGUUACUGAUAUACACACGACAUGACCUGGCGAUAACUGCGGCCCUUUCGACCCUGACGCCCCAGACGUAUCAAUAAUCUUAUAUACCACACUUGCACUGCUACUUAUUAAACCUCCAGACAAUCCAAUCCAGUCAUUACCCACUUAUAAUGGCCGAUGACGAUAUUUCUGGCUCUAUGUGGGGUGAUGCGCCCCGCAAAACAAUCGUGGAUGUUCCGGUGGCGGCUAAUCCGUUUGCCGAGGACGACAUCUUUGCGCGCCCCGACCCUCCAGCAGAGCAAUCCACGUAUGCUCCGUUUGACGAGCCCCUUUCUGGGGAAUUUGGCGACAUGAACAUUAUCGGAAAGGAGGAAAAUGACGAUGAAGAAGAAGAAGCGGUUGCCAUCCCUCAGAAACCUGUUCAGGGCACCUCACACCUCAUCUCAGAAUUGGCCGGUGAGGAAGUGGGAAUCACUAUGAACACCCCCAGUGGCAGCUUGUUUGGCGAUAAAAACCCGUUGCUCUCUGCAGAUGAAGACACGGAUGACACCGCACGCGCGCCGGUCAAGAAGGUUGCGCGCGGUGUCGCGUCAAUGUACAAGGCGCGCGGUAGAAACAGAAGAGAACCUAAGCCACUGGCGAAUACCAAUCCUUUGGGGCCGCUUGGACCAGAGACAGACACUACCGCGGAAGAAAACAGCACCAACAUAUCCGCAGCCGAGUUGCUAACCGCGGCCGCAGAUGGUCCGUUAUUCCACAUUAAGAAACCCGAGCCCGAGGCGCCGGCUGAACCUAUUGUCCAGGAGAUUCAAUCCGCGCCCAAGGCUAUUGAGGCGGAAGCUCCCGUGGCGUUGGAAAUCUCGGUGGGCGAUCCUGUCAAAAUUGGCGAGUUGACCUCCGCGCACAUUGUCUACACUAUCACAUCCAAAAGCGCGCUCCUCAGUGACGGCACGGCCAAGGUGACACGCCGCUACAAGGACUUCCGCUGGAUCUACCACCAGCUUCAGAACAACCACCCUGGCUUCAUCGUGCCGCCGCCGCCAAGCAAACAGGCGGUUGGCCGCUUCAAUGAGGAGUUCGUGGAGAGUCGACGCAUGGCAUUAGAGACGAUGCUUCAGAAGAUUGCGCGCAAUGCAAUGUUCCAGAAAGACCCGGACUUGUUGAUGUUUUUGGCCAGCGAGAACUUCGGCCCGGACGCCAAGGCGCGUGAGCUUGCCACCGGAUCUGCUGCAUCCACGAUCGACGAGGAAGACGACGAGGGGUCUAGUAGUUCUUCUGGCUUCAUGAACUCAUUCAGCAAAACGCUUGGUUUGUCUACUGGCCCGAAGUACGUCGAGGAGGACGAGUGGUUUGUGGAAAAGCGCACAUAUAUUGAGCUGCUCGAGAUCAACUUGGGGAAUAUCUACAAGAACUUGGAGCUUGUGGUGCAGCAGCGCACGGAGCUUGCGACGAUGACGGCAGAGUUCCUGACCAUGAUGGAUGAGCUUGCGGCGUUAGAUGCCAGCGGGGAUAUUUUCCAGGAGUCGUCCAUUUCGUUGUUGAUGGGGUUCGGCAGCACCCAAAGUAAGUUGAAGGACUUGGUGGCGCGCUCUCUGUUGCAGGAUAUGUUGACCUUGGGCAGUACGAUCGACGAAUAUUUGCGAAUUGUGGGUUCUGUCAAGCACUGCUUUAGCCAGCGCGUGAGGCUCAAGACGGCGCUUCUCACCCAGGAGGCCGAAUUGACGAAACUCCAAAAGUUGGCUGCUAAAACUAACGUGACGAUUUCCACCACGGCUAAUAACGUCGCGCAAAAGCUGAAACUUGCGCUCGUGAAGGAGCAAAUUACCAAACAGGAAAGCAAGACUCAGGGCUUGGAGAAAAAGUUUAAACAAAUCACCGUGGAUAUCAAGAACCAGCUAGGGCAGUUUGAGACCAACAAGAUCAACGACUUCAGAAAUGCCGUUGAGACGUUCUUGGAGAGCAACAUUGAGUUGCAGAAGGAGAGCAUCGAGCUGUGGGAGACGUUCUACGAGCGUCACCACUUGUCGGAGAUCAAAUAGGGAGAAAGCUGGUUUGACUGUCGUUUUUCUAUCUCGUGGUAUUAGCCGUUGGAGACUGCCUUGUGUUUGAACAGCUCUCCAUACCCAUCAUUUCAUUGAAUUUUAUCCACAGUACCCUCUGUAGCACCUUUUACCCACCAUUAAUAUUUCAUAGAUUUUUAUCAUUUGGAUAAGCCCUCGGAUCUAAGUAGCAACACAGAUAUCUUGGAAGGAUGAAGCCGUAGAACUUUGCCGGAGGCUAUCGCGACUUGCGAUAUAGCAGAUUUCGAUUGAUGUACUUCAGGACUAAAGUUCCAUUUUAUUAAUAACCAAAACAUUUAG